GAAUAUUUCGGAAAUGGUCUGUCGUUUAGAAAUAACACUGAUGAUGGAGAAAAGAGGCUGGAAGUGUUGAUAACUUGUAGAUCUUGGAGCGCCACGUUGAAGAAAUCAUCUUUAAAAUGAGCCAUCUUUCAUCCUCAACGCCUGACCCAUUGCUCCACAUGUGUGUGAGGUACUGUGCAAAUAACAUUGAAACCCUCACACGAUCAGCACUAAUUAAUACGACUGAUGAAGCGAAAACAGAAUGCAACACUGUACAGAAUACUUCAGGGAUGUCCGCUUUCCCUACAAAUUUAUCAAACAUGAUAUUUGCCUACAUAGGGAGAUAUCUCCGGACUCGGAACAAAGCUGAGUUUGUACAGCUGAUGUCGCUGUUUGGCGAUCCCAACAAGACACCACUGAGACGAGUGUCACUGCAACAAGAACAUGACCUGUCUACCUCCCUUCCGCAGUCAAUCUUCAAUCAGCCUUUACAAUAUUUAGAUCUCUGCUGUUGUCAGUUCUAUCAUCACUACAACAACACAAAAUCAGUUUCGGUUUUUGAUAAAAUGUGUAAGUCUUUAAAAGUGUUACGACUUUCUUUUGAUCCCCAUUGUAGAACGUCAGGGUAUCACAUCGACAAAUCGAACGAUCUUGCAGACCCAAAUAAGGACUUUACUCAAUCAUGUGGAGACCGUGACACGACCAACACUGUUCCAACAGCAGGAAACGAAGAGGAUGUCACCGCCGUAAAACAAUACAAAUUUUGUGCGCUGACAAGCUUUGUUCUUAAUGUAGAUGAAAAUCUACCCAAAGAUGCUGAAAAUAUCAGAUCGUUUUUCUCCAGAAUGAUAUGUACCUCGUUUACUUAUCUCACACAUCUGCAGUUUCUUGGACUUGGUUUGACAGAGGACGGCCUUGGGUUCCUAGAGAAUGUGCCAAAGCUGACAUCAUUGGGGCUCUCAGGACAUCGAAUUACAGAUCUAGGCGUUGGCCUUCGACAAAUUGCCAAAGCUAAAAAUCUUCGCCACCUGGACCUAUCAAUGGUCGAUGAGGAACCCUGGCUGUACCAUGCCCCAGAGGAGAGUAUGAGUGAGCUUUUAGAAAGCCUGCCCUCACUGACCUCACUUGAUAUUUCUGGGACAAACUUGGCUGGAUCAAAGGUCAAGCACCCACAUGGUGAUCAGGCCAAACAUCCAAGGGAUGAAAAGACAAUCAGUCGAAGUUUCGGUUACAAAUAUUUUUCCUUCCUGGGACUAUGUAAUUGUCAUGAACUUCCGUUCACCUGGGAAAAUGUACCAGCCGAGCAGUUUACCUGUUUUGAGAUACUUGAGAAUUUGGUUCUAGCCGUGGAUGUGUACAAAGAGAACAGUGGGAUGGUGCUGUCUGUUUUGUAUUCACUUACAUCGUUUGUCAAUAAGUCAAUGGCUGACCGACAGCUGACCAAACAGAAGGUUGACCUAGACAGAAAGACUCCAGUGUUGAUUGAACAUUUACUGAGGAUAAUUCACCUGCAUCCUAGCGUUGAGGUUGUCCAGAAAGACAGUUGUUCAUGUAUUGCCCUGUUAUUGGUACGAGAUUCGCCAUCAAUAAAAGACAUUCCAACCAGUCUGGGACAGUCCCUUCGCGCAAGGAUCUUGGAAACAACCAUUUCUUGUUUAAACAAUUCUUCAAAUCAAAAUACCAUGAGGGCUUGCCUGAACAUCUUGUUGAAGUUGAAGCUGCCACAUGAUGCUAAAUACUGCUACAGUAUGAAGCGGUACAUGAAGAGUGUGUUGGACAAGUUCUGUAACUCUGAGAAGACGGUCUUUGUCAGUCAUACCUUUGAGACCUACGCCAUUCAUCUGAUGAGGAUUGCUAUUUACUAUGGCGACCAUGAAUCUAGGGACUUCUUAGGGCAACAGAGAUUCAUAGAGUUCCUCCUGUCGAUAGCAAGAAGGAAAAUAACCAAUUGUACACACUUAGCAUGGCAGUGCCUGUGGGGACUGACAGAUGAAGUGCCUUCUAAUUGUAUGAGAUUCCUGGCUGUGCCAGAUGCCCUCGAGCUGUACCUUGAGUGCAUAAAGAACAAAAACCAUGGUGAUUCAUUUGUGAGAGGUCUGCUUGGUGUCAUGGCGAAUGUGUCGGAGGUCUCCGAGUUAAGGAAGGAAUUACUACAAAAUGAGGAGCUCAUUGUGAUUAUAAGAGACUUGACAGAUUCUCAAGUAAUGGAGGAAGCUCUUAGUUACCAGGCAACCUGUGUAAUGGCUAACCUGGUCAGUGAUGGUCCAGAGGCCUGGCUACUGGAAAAUCUUGACCGUUCUUCUGUCCUGUGUAAGAUUGCGACUGCCGUCCACCGCUGGGACAUCUCCGAUAGCAUGAGAACUUUGUAUAGAUCCCUGCUGCCGUUCCUGGAGAUGGCCCAGAAAAGUCACACCCCAGAGGCUCAGCUACUAGCCAUCUGGUCUAUCUGUAACCUCAUCAAGUCUAAAGGAAAUGUAUACUGCCAGAUGUUGAAGAUGGAAGGUGGACUUCCUAUAAUAGAGGCCAUCAAAAACGACCCAGAGACAACCCCGGAGGUUUUGGAGUUGGCUGUCAUGGCGAUGGACCUCGUUAGCUCAAAGGACAUUCCUGAUAGUGAUGAUACUGUGAAGAGUGCAUUGGAAAUAGCUGCUUCAUCUUCUUAAUGACUUAUUUAUGAUCUAAUGCCAACUGGUCAAAUAUAGAAAUAAUUGGAAGUGAUGAAUGAAACACAUUAAGGAGGCUUUAGAUCUAAAAGAUAUGUUGGUACUCUGUCCCAGGUUGACAGUCACAGUUUUAGAUGAGAUCAAUAUACCUCAGCUUUAUACAUUCUACAUAAAAAGUCAUUCAUAAAAUUGACCAUAUUCAUGCUUCUGUUCUGUCUUUGCUAUCCAGGGACUUAGUUCCCUAUCAGCCAUGUGUUAGUCUGGAAACUAAAACACACCUGCAGGUGUUUUUAAAAGAAAUACAGGGACUGAUAUAAUAAACUAUAAAGGAAGUUGAAGGCAGUUUUUUUUUAUUAGAAAGGAAUUACAUGAUCUGAAUUUUUGGGACUUCUUUGACAUUAAUGCAAGGUCAUUAUUAGCAUGAUUUAAUUUCGCCUUGUGUUUGAAGUUUAUUGAAACAUUCCAAUACAAUCUCAAAGUGCCAAUGGUCAACAAGAAUGACUCUGACUUCCUUUUGACAGUGACAUUGACCUUCCGGUGAUUACCAGUAAUGCUUUGUUUACGGUAGUACAUGUUUAUGUUUUAUUUUAAUUAACUGUUUCUAUGUAUUGUCUCUGUUAAGCUCAAUACUUUUUUUAACCUUUUAAUGUUUUAUUUCAAACAAAAUAGGCAUACUUGAACUGGAGCAUUAAUUGUUAUGCUAGUUUGAUUUUGGCAAAUAUUCAAUUUUAUGAUAGGAAUUCACCAAACAUGUCCAGAUAGAUAUUCUUUUUAUGAUGCCGUAGAUGAUAACUGGUAUUUCACAAUAGCUGGUUCGGGCCCUGUUCAUGUCGAAGAUAUGUUAAUUUGUUUUAACGACACAAACUAUAAUUUGUAUGGUAGAACUGUGAUAUUUCUAUACAAGUGAUCGUACUACGAUUAAAUGUGACCUGUUUACAUGUUGUUCUGAUACAUAAUGCCAAGGGAAUGGUCAAACUUUACUCAAGUGUGAACGAUUUGUGAAAGGAUGGGAGAAAAUCACCCACACUUUGAGGUGUUUACAUGGGUAUGUUUUUUGUUUAUGACUUGUGAGGUGUAUGGAUCCCCCUGUUAUGUUUGUGAGGUGUAUACUGUAUAACACGAAAUGUUUGUGGGUACUUUCCUUCGUGGUUUGACGGCAUUAAGAUCGUUUCAUGGUACAAACUUCCAUGGAUAUCCUAUGUAAACAAACAGUAGACACGUAUAUCAUUCAAAUUCGUUGUAUUUAUGUUCGUGGUUCCAUAGCAACCACGAAAACCACGAAUGUUCAUACACAACAAACAUUUGAUGUUAUACAGUACAUCAAAAUAUAUUUUGAAUUAUGGCCAUUUUGUAACAAUUAUUUAUAUACGAAUGAAGGAGUUCAUAACCAAUCUGAGGUUUUCACACAAAUGUGUUAAAAAAGUAAAGGUUUGUGUAUUCAAAGAUGUUUUUUCCAUUUCAUGAAUAUUUUACAGAUAAAACAUAUCAAAUGGAUAUGUGUACUUGGCUAAAGCCUGUUAAAUGUUUCUCCAUUAAUCUUACAGAGUGCUAUGUAGAAACCUUGACUUUUUAUCUAGAUUUCCUAUCACCCUUUAGUUUUGAUUAAAAGUAUAAACUCUACGUUAUAUAUAUAUAUAUAUAUAUAGAGAGAGAGAGAGAGAGAGAGAGAUAGAGAGAGAGAGAGAGAGAGAGAGAGAGAGAGAGAGGGGACGGAGGGAGAGACAUGUACGAUGAGCUAGUAUUUGGAACAGCUGUGAAUAUGAAGGGAGAUAAUUCAUACUGUUCCAGUUAUCUAGCUGUUAUCCACUGUACAGAAGGUAGCAUGUGUAUAUUUCAGUUGGAUUAAACACAAAAAAUGGAUUUCAUGAAAAAAAAUACUAUGUUAAAAUAUAGAUGUAUUGAUUCUUUGAAGUGAUAGUAUUUAGUGAUAAUUUAUAUAGGUAACUUGAUCAUUGAAUCUGAUACCUUUAACAAUGUCGGUGUUACCUGCCUUUACUGAUAUCAAAGGGUAAGAAUAUGAUUGUGUGUUAGUAAAACCAUUGUUUAUGACUGUGCAACAAAUUCAUACCAGACACAUGUUGAUACAGGUACAGUUGUCGGUAAGGGCAUUUUCACUGUACUGUGUUGUGUCUAGUGGUCUAGGUGAAAUAGCUGUAAAGGUCAAACUUUUGCCUUAGUUAUGGAAGUCUCAUGAUAGGUUGGCAAAAUUCCAUAAGUGCAUGUCAAUGUCACAAACCUACGACACUAUUUAUAAUUAUUGUGUGACUUCAUUGACGUUGUCAUUUCCAAGGGUAUUUUACUGUGAAGGUGAAGUAUCCGACACGUUUACACAAUUCAGGUCUCAAUUUGCUCAUUAUUCCAAUGCUCAAAAAGAAGAAAAAAACCCACAAAAAUGCAUCAAUACAACCCUCUUUUAUGGACUAGGUUUUUGAUAAGAGAAAACAAAGUUAUAAUUAUGAAAUUAUAAUUUCUUCAGUUUUCAAGGUAGAAUAAAACAAGGUUAGGACUGGAGCCAGUUUUCAGCUCCACCCCAGUGCCUUUCUCAGGUGUUGAAUGAUAACCACCAACAUUUUGUCACGUGACCUUGAAUGGUCAGUAUUUUGGGAAAUCAUGUCCCAGAAGGUCAUUGAAGCAGGUAGGCACACUCAGUGUGUUAUAUAAGAUUGGUUGUAUACAGAAUAGUUUUAAUUGUUUUGUUGUGAUCAUAAUAAAACCAAUAUAGAAACAAAUCAAAAUUGUUCUGCUGCGGGUUUACAUAAGCCAAUCACAGCUGAGCUCUACUGGUAACUGAAGACCCUGCAGAAAUUAACUUGCAACACACAACUGGAUUUUAUUGUUAUUUCAAGAUUGGUUGUAUAUAUUGAUAUUUCCUUAACAGUCUAUAGACCUGGAACCAUAUGAAUAUGUAAAAUAUUUAAGCAAAACUGUGAUAGUGGUUUUGAUCAAUGUUUUGUUUUCUCUACAAAUUAAGAUUUUACAAAUAUUGACAUUUUAUUUAUACACAUCCUUCACUUAAUGGUUAUAAGUUUGUAUGUUUGACAUAAUAAAAAAAUAUCA